UGACGAUAUCCCCACAUAUAUCCAUAUCUCUAUAUAAACACAAACCCGCGCGCCCCUUCCCCCGCACGGCGGCUGCCACGACUGGCUUUUUCAUACCCACAUUGUCUCUCUACCACGAACAGUACUUCGCCAUUCGUAUGAGCAAGCUAGACAAGGUUGUUGCUAGCCCCCUGGUGAGAAGCUUGCACAAGUACCGUUUGUGAGAGUUCUGACGCGUAUAAGGAAUUGAUCGAAGGAGAUGGUCUUCCACACCAUCCUCCCCAAGAUCGCCGUCCACUGGCUCUUCAACCUGUACCGCGCGGCCAGGAAGCUCCGCAGCAAUGCCUUCCAAUACUACUACAAUCGCAACUCCACCACCAAGCCGUCCACCACCAACCCAAAGGGCACCACUACACCGUUCAUCCCGUCCGGCGCCGACAAGACUGUGGUGUGCGACUUCCACGGCGGGCUCCUGGCGUCCACGGCGCUCUUCCCGUACUUCAUGCUCGUCGCCUGCGAAGGCGGCGGCCUGCUCCGGGCGCUGCUCCUGCUCUGCGCUUACCCCCUCGUGCGCCUCCUGGGCGAGCGCUCCGACGCCGGCGUCAGGGUCAUGACGUUCGUCGCCUUCUCCGGGCUCAGGCCGCGGGACGCCGACCUCGUGGCCCGCGCCAUCCUGCCCAAGUUCUACAUGGAGCGGCUCAACGCCCAGGUGUACGGCCGCCUGUGGGUGCCGGCCAGGAGGAAGGUGGCCGUCACGAGCGCGCCCAGGGUGGUCGUGGAGUGGUUCCUCAAGGAGUACAUGGCCGCCGACGUGGUCGUGGGGUCUGAGCUCCAGAUGGUUAGGGUCGGGCGCGCCUGGUACUUCACCGGGCUGAUGUGCGGGCCUGGGCCGGCUGGGCCCGGCAUGAGGCAGAAGGCCCUCGGGGAGGUGUUCGGAGCGGACGGCGCCAUGGCCGACGUUGCCGUCGUCAGGAGCUCCAACCCACUCGACCACCCCUUCAUCCCCUGCUGCAAGGAACUUUACGUGGUGAGCAGGGAGAGCGCCAGCACAUCCCGGCUACCACGGGAGAUGUAUCCAAAGCCGCUCAUCUUCCACGACGGACGGCUGGCCUUCCUCCCCACGGCCCCCGCGACGCUCGCCUUCUUCCUCUUCCUGCCGCUGGGCUUCAUCCUCUCCGUCAUCCGCAUCUCCAUCGGCAUCGUCCUGCCCUACGAGAUCAACUUCGUGGCCGGCGCGCUCUUCGGGAUCCGCUUCCGCACCUCCGGCCGCGGCGGCGCCCCAAUGCCAGGAGCCCGCGCCGCCAACAACAACAACAGCAGCAGCAGCAAGCCGAAAAACAGGGGCGUCCUGUUCGUGUGCACGCACCGGACGCUGGUGGACCCGAUCAUGCUGACGACGGCGCUGCAGAAACCGGUGCCGGCCGUGACGUACAGCCUGAGCCGGCUCUCGGAGCUCAUCGCGCCCAUCAAGACGGUGCGGCUGACCCGGGACCGGCGCCGCGACGCCGAGACAAUGGCGCGGCUCCUGUCGAAGGGGGACCUGGCGGUGUGCCCCGAGGGCACCACGUGCCGCGAGCCGUACCUGCUGCGGUUCAGCCCGUUGUUCGCGGAGCUGGCGGACGACAUGGAGCCCGUGGCGCUGGACGCGCAGUCGACGUGGAUCUACGGCACCACGGCCAGCGGGCACAAGUGGCUCGACCCCGUCGCAUUCUUCGCCAACCCGGUGCCCGCGUACCGGGUGGAGUUCCUGGGCGCCGUGCCCAGGGAACACACGCGCGCCGGGGGGAGGACUAGCGCCGAGGUGGCCAAUUGGGUGCAGAGGAGGCUCGGCGACGCGCUCGGGUUCGAGUGCACCGGGUUUAGUCGCCGCGACAAGUACAUGAUGCUCGCCGGCAACGACGGUGUGGUCGCCAAGUAGAUCGAUCCAGCACACGGACGCGCGCAGUAGUUAAUUUGGUGUUUCCGUUUUUUUUUAUGUAUCGAUCAUGCAUCUCCUAUCUGUACGUAUACGCGCCGCCUGGUGACUAGAUGUGCCAAAAUUAGUUUAUGUAUCCGUAAGGAAGUACUCUCUUAUGAGGCAUUAGGCUUUGUUAUGAAACUUUAAUCAAUGAUUACUUUAUCACUAUGUGACUUUUGAACUGAA